AUGGACAUCGCCCGAGCAGGGGUUGAGCCUGCAGUGGUGAAGUUCUACCGUCAGUACAUGCAACAGAUCAACGAUGUGACAUAUCCGCCGGGCCAUCUGCUCGUGAAGCAGGACGUGCAGGACUGCCUGUACAAGUACUUCUUCGACGUAUCACAGAACAAGUACCUCCCUCCUGCAAGAUACCAGACGAGGAUCCUGAAACGGAUCAUCCAAGAGAUCGAGAAGUCAUGUCGAGAUCCCGAUCAAGAUCAAGUAUCCGACCAAUUGAUGGAACACAUGGGCUACCUGUCUACGAUACUCCCUCCGCCCGAAUCAGACGACGAAGCUCAACAGAAGCACGUCCACUCGUAUUUCCCGCCUCUCCCGCUCGACGAGCCAGGCGUGCAGCCGAUCCUGAUCGACGAAGCAAGAAACUUGCUCUCCCGCGGCACCAACGUCGGCCUGCGCACGUGGGAAGCCGCCCUCCACCUGGCGUGGUAUCUCAUAUUACAGCGCCCAGAGGUGGUCAAGGACAAGACGGUCCUAGAACUCGGCGCGGGAACGGGAUUCCUGUCGCUCCUCUGUGCGGGUCACUUGGGAGCCGCUCACGUGGUGGCGACCGAUGGAUUGGCGCACGUGUGUGACGCCCUGCAGGACAAUGUCGAUUUGAACCGUGAGAACAAUGCUCUGCUCGGCCACGAGCCGCCUGAAGUGCGGCAGCUGGACUGGACAGAUCGACCGGAGAUCGAACGCCUACUCAACUCGGCCGGACGGCCCUAUGACUUGGUCGUUGGUGCUGAUAUCACGUAUCACCCGGACAUCCUGCGCCCGUUGGCCGAGCUGCUGGGGUUGUUGAAGGACCGUUUUCCUGACAUUGUCAUUCUCAUUUCGGCGGCGAUCCGGAGCGACACGUACGCGCAGUUUACAUCGAUAUGUCAGCACCAGGUGGGGUUCAGAGUCGUGGAACAGCAAUGCAAGAUCCCCGAGGGACUGCAAUAUUCGGGCUUCUUCCAUUCUGUGGCUACAGAGCUGAAAAUCGUGUCUUUGGAGCGAUAA